AUGGCAAGACGCUUUCUCAGUCUGAAGAUGAACCAAACAAUUAUUUUCUUUCUCUUUAUCAUGGUUAAUAUUAUUAGUUUGACAACAUCACUUGAUGAAAGUAUAUGCAGUUGCACAUGCUGCAAGGGAAACAAUUGCAAAGCAACAUUUCAAGAUGAAUUUCCUCUUGAUUCUUGUGACAUCGAAUAUUGUAUGCAAAAGUGUGCUGUCAAUUACGACGAAUGUGCACUCUUUGAAGGUGAAGGUGAUGUCAGGGCACGAUGUGACAAACGUCGAUCUUUCUAA